AUGCAUCUUAUGGACGCAGCGCAGAGCAUAAACGAGAACGCUUCUUUCCUCUACGGCCAUGAGCAUCAGUACCAGAUUAUCAUCCUUCCAACAUGCACAUGCGAAAAGGGAUAUAGGGCCCUCCUCAUCGCUAAAUACCGUGAGGCUGACCAAGCCGUUAUUGCAGUCAAUGAUGGCGCUGUGUUCCACGGCGAUACCGUCGUUGGAGGUUUGCGACGUGCAAGUAAGAGAGCAGCGGUAGACGCACUGAGCCACCGACUUAUGUCGCUCGUUGGAUAUCUUAGCUAUAGGGCUGGCCUCAAAGACGGCGAUACCUUCGUCACCAGGUACAAGAACGGUCGCACUACGAUUCGUGUCAAACAUCCCGAUGGAACAAGGUCGAAGGCAACGAUGAAAACUGGGGAUAUCAAGAGAACAGUUCCGGCCUGUAGUGCGACUCUUUCGAACGGAAGCGAUGUUACGUGCUGUGAGAAAGAGCGCGAGAGGCUAGAGUGCGAGAGCCAGAAAAGGGAGGUCGAAAGACAUAACAAGAAGAUCGAUAAGCAAUUGGAAGAUGCUGCGAAGCAGUUGGAUGCUCCUGAGAAGGAGUGGGAUGCUUCUGACAAGGAGUGGAAUGAUGCGAAGAAGUUCGGAGAUGAAGAUAAGAGAAGGUGCUGUGUCGUCAUGUAA